CCCCGGCGCGGCGUCAUGCCGUCCAUCCCCACCCGUGGUGGCCGUCCCGGCCGGGGGAGGGACAGGGCACGGCUCCAGUGCCCCCGGCUCUGCACGCCGCCGCUCCCAGCCCCUCGCAGCUCCGUGGGGUUUGGCUGCCGCCCCACGCUGCUUCUCCACGCGGCACGCUCGGGAAUCGGGAAAAUUAGCUGGGAGUGGUGCCGGCGGGACGCAGGGCCGACGCUGCGGGCGCACAUGCACGGCACGCGGCAGACACCGCACCGCCCCGGAAGGGCGACGGGGCCGGCCCCCCGUGCCCCGCGCCCCGGCUCGGCGGCGGACUCGGCCUGCAGCCUGGAUCCCGGUGGCGAGGAGGAGGAGGGGGGGGGCCCGGCCGCUCGCUCCCCCCCGGCCAGCGAGCGCAGCCUGGAGUUCGACUCGGGGUACUCGGAGGCGUCGGGGGGCACGUGGAGGGAAGAAGAGGUGCCCGUGCGGCGCCGCCAUCUGCUGCCCAGCCAACGGGCACACCGGCUGUCCGCCGGUCCCGCCGCCCCACCGCCCGCCCCCGCCCGCCGUGUCCGCCCCAAAUCCACCUCGGACGCCUGCCUGGAGCAGUGGAGGGCCCUGGAGCCCGCCGACACGCAGGACUGGACCGUAGCACUGCUGUCGCAGAGCCGGAACAGGCAGCCUCUGGUGCUGGGCGACAACUGCUUCGCUGACCUGGUGGAGAACUGGAUGGACCUGCCCGAGGUGGGCGCCGAACCGCGUCGCCGGGCCCCCGCCGAGCCCUCCCGCCGGCUGGCCAAGCCCCCCGCCUUCCUGCUCAGCCUCUCGGGCAACGUACGCCGUAAGCUGGCCAACAUGGCCCGGCCCCGGGGGGCCGACGGUGCCCGGUCGGGGGGCCGCGAUGCCACCAAGCGUUUCUCCUGCCCGCUGGGGCUGGGGGGACAGCCCAAGGGCGCCUGCUUCCACCAGUCCCACAGCAACAUCGCCCAGUUGGCCACGGACUUCCACCGCUUCACCGCCUUGAUGAACAGCCGCAGCCGCCAGCCCAUCAUCUGCAACGACGUUAUCGGCUACAUUUAGCCCUGCCGCUGCGGCCCGCACCCCCACCCUGUAAAUAAACCCCUGUUUUAUACGGUC